CUCCGCAAACGGUUGCUAGGAGAAGGCUGGUUGCAUUCGUGUAGUUAAGGCGCAAAGGAGCAAAAUAAACCUGAAAGCAUUUAAAAAAAGGAAGUUAAUUUGGAAUUCAUAUUAAUCCCCUAUUGUCAUGGUGAGGUUGAGGGCGAGAUGUCUGCUGAUCGGAGAUCCAGCAGUGGGCAAAAGCGCCCUCUCGCAGAUGUUCCACAGUGAUGGCACUCUCUUCCAGAAGAACUACAGCAUGACAACAGGAGUGGAGCUGCUUAUCAAAAGCGUCAACAUCCCCGACAGCAGCGACAGCGUGGAGCUUUACAUGAUCGACUCUGCAGGGAAGGAAACCUUGGUGGAAGCCAAUGAGAAAAUGUGGGGGGAGCCAUCUUUGCUCUGCCUGGUGUUUGACCUGACCAGUGAACGCUCCUUUGGUAGCUGCGGUCGCUGGAUGGAGAGGGUCCGGACCCACUGCAGGGGUCUCAACGUUCCUGGGGUUUUGGUGGGCAACAAGUGUGACCUGUCAGCCAGGAGGGAGGUGCAAACGGCCGUGGCCCAGGAGUGGGCCCAGAGCCAGGGGCUGGAGUACCACGAAACUUCAGCUAAGGAGAUGGAGAACUGUGAGGCCCCGCUCCUCAGCUUAGCCCGGGCAUUUCACACUCUUUACCAAGAACGGAGAGAGGCAAUACAGAAUCUAAGUCCAGGACACAUGAUGAUUGGCCGACAUGUCAAACCAUCGCAGUUUAGCGCCUGGCGAGGAGGACUUACCCAAUGUCAGAUUUGUUGUGCUUCACAUGUUGGUAGCUGGUAUCGGCAGCCUUCAUGAGUACCUGAUACCUUGAAAUAAGACCGGUAAUCGACUUGAUACCAAUACCUGGUAUCGGAACUCGUCCAUCCCUAGUUAUUAAGGCUUUCAGGAUAGUGUAAGGGUUUCAAAUUAGAAUUUGGAGUCAGCGUUAUUGUUUCAAGACAGAUUUGGUGUUUCAAGUUAGGGUUUAAAGUAUUAUAGCAUUUAUAAAACAUUUAUAAAAAGGGUUUGGAACUAGGGCUGGGGGUUGCAACAUGGGUGAGGGUUUCAAAUUAGGGUUUCAAGCCAGGAUUAGCAUUUCAAAUUAGGGUUUCAAGACAGGGUUAGGGUUUCAAAGUAGGUUGUCAAGCCUUGUCGGUUUUUCUAGAUAGGAUUAGUUUUUCAAGUUAGGGUUUAAAUUAUAGGAUUAGUUUUUCAAGUUAGGGUUUAAAUUAAGGUUUCAUGCCUGCAUUAGGGUAUGAAGCCAAGUUUAGGAUUUUAAAAUAGGGUUCAAGUCUUAAGUGUUUCAAAUGAAGGUUUCACACCUCUGUUAGGGUUUCAAAACAAGAUUAGCGUUGUAAAUUAGGAUUUCAAGAUGGUGUUAGGGGAUGAAGUUAGAUUUCAAAUCAGGGUUUGAAGACGGGUAUGGUUUCAAGCAUGAGUUAGGGAUCCCAAAAUGGUUUGUUUUUCAAAUUGGGGUUUCCAACGUGAUUUGGGGUUUAUGAAUUGGGUUUAAAAUUCUCUCUAUAUAAUUUCUCAACACUGUACAUCAGAUAUUGAAAGAUUUCAAAUUUUGCUUCCUCAAUUGUCUUCAAUAUAGUCUGACUCUACGGUUUUAAUGUCAAACAUGAAUACAUUGUCUCUAUCUUUGAUGUGACUUUUUUUUCAUGCUGAAUGGUAAACACAAAAUUGUUCAACGGAAUGAAUAUGAAUGGCACAGCUGGUAAUUACAAGGCCAUCAUGCUUGG